AUGUCAUGUGCUGCAUUUCAACGUUCGGCUCUUGGUUUCGUGGCCCGAGCGGAAGAGUGUAGUCACCCGAGACUUGAUAGAUGCCGACUCAGAAUGCCUUAUCCCUGGCAAGAUGUGGCCUUCGGAGCUCGGCCAGUCCAGCAAGCCCAGGUCCUGAAAUAUCUCAGGCUCCGGCCGGGCAAGCGCCUCCCAUUCUUGGACCUCCCGGGGCGUGAAGGCCUCCCUUCAGGGCUUCGCUUGGCAUCGCUUCCGAAAGAGACGAUCGCGCUUGCAACAACAGAGCUCAACAAGAGCAUCCUCUCCGACCGAGUGCUGGAGCUGGGCCUGAGCUUCUACGCGGUGAAGUCCCGCCACGGUGCGGCUCGGAACGGCGUGCGGCUGCGGGGUGCCGCGGCGGCACCAGUGCACCGGGUGCAGAGCUUGGGUGCUUUGCCUGCCUGCCGACAGCUGCUCGGGGAAGCGCUCCAGCUUUUGGGACUCGGAACAGCGCUGCUCCAAGCGGAGAACCGUUGCAACGGCCUGGCGCGGCGCUACGCCAGAGGCCAGGCGCUGCCCCGGCACGUGGACAACCCCAUGUUCGAGGACACUAUCGUGGGAGUGGUCCUGAAGUCCGGCGCGCCUUGCGAUGGGCUGCGGCUGUGCCAGGAGACGCCCUCCGAGUCCGAGGGCUCCAAAACUUUGCUCGCCGAGGCCGUCGGGCUGGGCUUGAAGGCAGGUUUCUUUGCGGAGCUCGGCUUCCGGCUGGAGGAGGAAGAUGGGCUCUGCUUCUGCCUGCAGGGACCUGCGCGAGAGAUGGCUCAUGAGGUGCCGCCGGUGAGCUCCGAGCGCUUGUCCCUCACCUUUCGGUGGUUCCGGGAGGACUUCUUGGAGGAGUUGAGGCACAUGGAGGCCCGUCUCGAGGACGACCUGCGCAUCUGCCGUGAUGGUGGCUUCAUGCUUCAUGUGCAAGCCGUUGCCGCUUUCUGCUGCUGUUUGCAAAAGGUGCGCGUCUUUUCAGGCAUGGCUGCAGAGCUUUGGCCACGACUCUUUCAGGAGCAGAUAGAGGCCCUGGAGAUCUACCCGUGUCAGUGGUGCAGAAAUCUGGCUGUCUCCGAGGGCAAUGCCGUGAUGUGGCAGACGGCCCGAGAGCUGGACUGGUGUGUGGCAAGGCAGUUCCUCCUGAGCCACAUGCCCGAGUUUGACUUGCACUUCCUCCCAGGCUCCGUGUCCGUGGACGGCGAGUCCAUGCUGGAUGACAACAUCGCCUUUGCUCUUAUGGCCUGGAAUGCAUCGAGUCUGAACCCGAGGCCACCUAUGGCUGUGGUUCUUCCUUACUUGCUCCCAUAUGCGAGCUACCAUGAAGCAAGGUCAAACUGGCGGCCGCUGUUCUUCGCGAAGUACUUUUCCGCAGCUGCCGAGCUUCAGAGCAGCCAAGCGGUUGUCGAUGCAUUGAUCGGUGACGGAGUUCGGUUGAUGAACUGGACGUCUUUCAAGUGGGCGGACUUCCCUGGAAAGUCUGAGAGCAACAUUUAUGAGCUUGGCCCUUUCGCAUCCGGGUCGACCCCUCCAGUGGUGGCCCCGGCGGACUUCCUGCUUUAUGGCUACGGCAGCUGCACGGCCUGGGCAAAGUUUCUCUCCUCGGCGCUGCGAGCGGUCGGAGUGCCAGCCAGGGAGGUCGGGUCGCCCUGCUGGAACACCGGCAUCUUCACAGGCCUAGCGGAGUCCAACGCCAACGUCUCCUUGUGCUGGCAGGGAGGAGUUUCUGGCGGUCCAGUCGGCGGAAAGUAUCUCAACAACCACAACUGGGUGGAGUACUGGGACAACACCGCGCGGACUUGGCGCUUCCUGGAUGUAGCCACUAGCUCUUCUUCCGAGACCACUUGGUUUUGUGGCAAGUUCCAGGAUGGAUGCAGCUGCACUAGCAAUGCCGGGCUUGCGAUGCAGGACCACGAGAUCCUCGCUCCAACCUGGAGUGCGGUUGGCGAUGAUCCAGAAGUACAUGGUGGCCCAAUUCUGGACGUCGCCAAAGAUCUCGUCCUUAGUUCAGGUGAGGCUGUGUCGCCCUUGGUUUGGUCGCCACGGCUGACCUCGCCGCUGGGAAUCCCCAUGAAGAAUGUGGGACUGAGAGUGGUAAACCGGACCAGCUUCUACCGCUGUCGCAAGUUGCCCAACUGGACGGUCUGA